AUGGCGAGCGAGACAGACUUUGACGUUUUCUGCGGUCCUUUGUUCAAGGCCCGCCAAGAACUAGAGGCUUUUAUCGAAUAUCUCUGCGGCUCCUUGCCCGAUGACAAGCUUAAGCUUCACGUCCGCUUUCUCUAUCUCUCCUCGUACAAAUACGAUAUUCCGUAUCUGCAAGACGUGUGCAGGACCCACCUCAUAUCCAACCUGAAUUCCUCGAAUGCCCUCGACGUUCUCGAACUCUCCGGCGUCUUUUCGGACGGCUCUCUCCGCAGAACGUCGAUGGAUUUCGCCGUCGGCCAUGCGAGGGAGAUUGCGUUUUCCGCCGAGUUCAAGGAGUUUGUCGAGAGGAGCCCUGGCCUUGCCGUGGAUAUCAUGCAGGCUUCUUUUAAGUGA